AUGGCUGACAGUGGCACCCAAUCAGCCCGUGGAUCCCAUCACGCUUCUCCAACGCCGUCUGCUGCUGCUCAUCACAACAACAGCAUUGAUAACAAGCAUCUUACUAGCCAUCCACAUGCCAAGGCACCCACAGCAACAGCAGCAGCACCCGCCGUAGCUGCUACGUCCAAAGCGACAAUACCUAACAUGCCCAGUAUGUCCAAUAUUUUUAUUCUCCCGUCCAACGUACCCGUCAUCAACGAUCCGUACUUUGGCAGGCCUAGUCCAGCCACCUUGAACAACACGCCGACCAGCACUGCUACGCCUCCAGCUCCUGUCGCGACCUCGACCGAUGACGCAACAGCCUCGCCGCAGAUCGAAGAAAGGUCAAUUGCUGGGCCGUUGGCUGGUGCAUUGCUGGGUAGCGCUGGUCUUGUUGCUGUGAUAAUCGGUGUGCUGAUUUAUAUCAAAAGAAGGAAAAGGAGGCAAUACGAUAACAUGUCAUUUAACCACUGCAAUGGUGAUGGUAGCAGUCGUGCUGCAGCAUUAUUAUGUCAGCAACAACAACAACAACAAAGAAACCAUUAUCACUUUAAACGCGAAGAGAGCACGCGCAGUGACAACACGCAAGCGACGUUGCAGCCACCGCCGGCAUACACGCCACACUCGCAGAAGCGACUGACUGCAGAGACGCUUGUGGAUCAGCGAGCUUCCAUGUCGACGAUGAACUCAAACUAUAGCAGUAGAAGCCAUCAAUACGCACCACAGCUAGCGUAUAAACAACAACAAGAAGGGACAGGAUGUGGGCAUGUUGACUGGGAUCAAAUGUCUCCGAGCAACACUUUAAUUGAUGCAGCAGCAGUUACCAUGGCAACGACCCAUGCCGACGACGAAAAGGCCGAAAGCCGUCGUCAGCGCGUGCCUAGUUACCAACCCCAGGUUGUAGUAAUGACCGAGCCUGCGGACCACGCCACUACGGGCCUGAAUCUAAACAAUAACGAAACCACGAGCUACUAUGAUUAUUUGUACCAACACACCAACAACUACCAUCACAACAAUAAAAAAGAAGAGCAUUAA